AUGACAUAUUCUCUUCCUGUAACCCAUGAAAAAAUGAAAAUAACAAGUGGCCCAAACUGGCUUGAACUUCCAAGCGAUGUAACAGCAAACAUCCUCCAGAGGCUAGGGACGAUUGAAAUAUUGACCAGUGCAUGUCAAGUCUGCCCUAGUUGGUGGAGCAUCUGCAAGGAUCCCCACAUGUGGCGAACCAUUAACAUUACCAAGUAUGGUUAUAAGCAUUCCAUGCGUAAUAAGGAUAAGUUUGUGAAGAUUUGUCGCAAUGCAAUUGAGCGAAGCUGUGGUCAUGUAGAAGACAUUGAUAUUGAGCAUUUAGCAACGGAUGAUCUUCUUGCAUACAUAGCGGAUAACUGCGCUGGUCACCUUCGACACAUGCGGCUUGCAAUGUGUGCAGGGCUCUCAGAUAAAGGAUUUAGUGAAUCUGUUAAGAAGAUGUCGCGGUUAGAGAGUCUUGACAUUUCAUAUCAGAAUCAACUGUCAAAGGAUACCUUUGAAAUUAUUGGCCGGUAUUGCCCGUUUUUGAAAACAUUGAAAUGCAGGUUGAUCGUAGUGAACGACAGAGAGAAUGAUGUGUCAUUUGCUAUUGCGAAAACAAUGCCUGGAUUACAUCAUCUUAAAAUUUGUGGAAAUAUGCCUUCUGAGGAUGGUGUUCUUGCCAUUCUUGAUGGAUGCUCCCUUCUUGAGGUUCUUGACUUGAAAGAAUGUUGUUGUUUCUAUAAUAUUUCAAGCUUGGAGAAAAGGUGUAGAGAAAAUGUUAUGGAUUUUAGAGCUCCAUCACUACACUGCUUCUCUUCUAAUUAUGAUUCUGGAUGGGGUAUCGAAAGUGAAAAUUGGUCUGGUUAUGAAGACUGGUUUUGA